UCUUCACCUCCGACACAAGUUCUUCACCUCUUUACACUCCCUCUAGUUCAGCUUCUAACUCUCUUGACUCAUUAAAUGUAUCUGAAUCCGAUGUUCAGUCUUUGUUGUCCAAUUUGUCACCCUCUAAGGCUACUGGUCCAGAUGGUAUUCCAGCUUAUCUUCUAAAGCGAUGUUCUGAGGUAAUUUCCCCUUCUUUGACUGCUCUCUUUGAGUUAUCUCUUCAGCAGGGUGUUUUUCCUUCUGAAUGGAAAGCUGCUAAUGUCGUGCCUAUACCCAAAAAGGGUGACACUCAUGAG